CAAAUUUAAGAUAGAAAAAAAAAAAAAAAAUGGAAAGUAGACGUCGAAAAUAUUGAGAGGUAAAAUACCUCGUAUAACCCCGAUUCGAAUAGGAAUGGCUGUAAACAGCGUUAUACGAAGAUUACUAUCAAAUGUGGUAGCAGUUCAGAGGGUCAGCUGCUUUUCCACAUCAGCUCUCCGUAUGUCUGAAGUCAGAAUAUCAGCCACUCCACAAGAAGCAUUGGUGGAUGAGAAAAUCCACAUCAAAGUGGAUGGUCUGCCCAAGAAUGGCCCUGUUACAAUUAAAUCCUCUCUACAAGAAGGGAAGCUAAGGUUUUCAUCCUUUGGAUGUUAUACUGCUACAGAUCAAGGUCAUGUGAUUGUGGAGAACCAGUCUUCUGUACAAGGAACAUAUACAGGAGUGGAACCGAUGGGCUUAUUUUGGAGCAUGAAGCCUGAACCUUCUGAGAGAGAGAAUGUGAGACUGCAAAAAAGAGAUGUGACCACACCAAUGGUUGUGACACUGUCAGUGUUGGAAGGCCACCACUCCUGGGGAAGUUUGUUUGAUCCACCCCCAGAACCUCUGACUACAUUAAAUUUGUACAGAUGGUACAAACAUAAAAAUGUCCGACGAGAGAGAGUGAGGCAUGGGAAUGUUAGGGGUAUACUGUUCACUCCUCCAGGAGCUGGGCCAUUUCCUGGAGUGGUUGACAUGUUUGGGAGUGGAGGGGGACUAUUCGAUCAUCGAGCAGCAUUGUUGGCAUCCAGAGGGUUCUCUGUGUUAGCUCUGCCUUUUUUUGCAUAUGAAGAUUUACCCGAUUCUUUCACUGAAAUUCCACUGGAUUAUUUCAUUGAGAGCACUAAAUGGUUUGCUGGACUACCACACAUAAAGAAUGAUGGGAUAUGUAUGAUAGUCUCGUCCAAAAGUGGAAUGUACGCAUUGGAACUGUGUAGACGAGUGCCACAGGUCAGAGCUGCGGUCCUGGUGAAUGGAGUACCUUUUUACUCUGAUGCUCCUCUUAAAUACAGUGGUGGAGACAUAAUGAACUCGGAAUUUAGGUUAGAUAAGAUGAAGAUGACAUCAGAGGGAAUUCAUUGGACAGAAUGCUACGAGCCGACUGAUGAGUACUACAUAAGAGCUUGGGAGAGUGAAGCAAAUGUGCUGUUCAUUGCGGGAGAAGAUGAUAGGUGUUUAAGUUUCACCUUUAGUGAGCAUUUUAUGAAACUGGUGCCUGAGGAACAUAAACAUCGGUUUCAGUUGAUAAAGUACCCUAAGGCUGGUCACCUCAUGGAGCCUCCAUACUCACCUCACUGCAGAAAAUCCUUCCAUAAAAGAUUUGGUUUAGAUUUUCUGUGGGGAGGAGAAACAAAGGCCCACAGCUAUGCACAGGAAGAUUCAUGGAGGAGGAUCCUAGAAUUUCUUUCCAACCAACUAAAGUGUGAUAAACUCUUUCCAACCAACUAAAGUGUGAUAAACUGACCAACCACCCCCUACAAACAGACAGUAAAUUGUGAGACAAAGAGUGUUAAUAUUGUGAAGCUAUGAAAUCAUGGUGCUACUAUUUUACAGGAGUUAAGUUGAAUAUACAGAGACUGUGCUUUUUCACAUUAUCACCAGUUACCCAUGUGAGACAACCAUGUGAGGUUUUUCUGUCUUACAUUGCUGCGACAUCAUUGAUUGUGAUGCGAUAUAUUUACUGAUUCAUGUUACACAGUGAAGAAAAA